UCGGAAUUUAAAGACUGUUUCUUGUUUGUUCUAUUUCGGUUCUAGAGGGAGAAAGUUGGUUUUUGAGACGAUAAGAACACGAUCAGGAAAAUCAGGUGAUGGAGAGAGAUAUUUUCUGUGAUAUCGUCCGUACUCGAUUAUGGCUGCCACUCCAACAAAAAACUACUCUGAUGCCGAUUAAAGUCUUUCUGCAUGUGAAGUAAAAGAGAAAGAGAAAGAAGAGGACUCUGUUUUUUUUUUUUUUUUCACAAAACCUCUGCAAAUCUUUUGGGUGAAAUCAGAAGUGAAAGCAGACUUCUUUCUUUUCUUUUUUUUUUAUUACCUCUUGUCGGUUACUUGUUUUGAAAGAAGAAGAAGAAGAAGAAAGAGUUCGGGGUUUGGUAUCUGGUGAAUGAAUUUAUCAGUGUCUGUCUCCAUUGAAAAUCUCUCUUUCUGUUUUUUCUUUUUGGUUUUGGCUUUUUUUUUUUUUAAUUUUUAACCUUACCAAAUUUGUUGUUUUCACUGUAAAUCCUGUAACCCAAUUUGAAAGAAUUGUCAUGUGAUGAUGGAGGACUGUGUGAAACUUGUUUGGUUUUUGUGAAGUUUUGAUUUUUAAAAAUAGUCAAAGAACUUCAGUAUAUACACCAUUUUGUUCUGUUAAUCAGAGUCUUGAAAGCUUGACUACGACCCACCAAUGGAGGAGUGAAGAGAGUAAAAAGGAAGGAAAACACCCUUUUCAAAUUUCGUUCAAUCAGAUCAGUCUCGCUUUCUUUAUCUUCUCGCCAGUCAACCAAAAUCCAGGACUCAAAAAAAUCCGAUGAAGGAACAAGAGAAAAGCUUGGAUCCUCAACUAUGGCAUGCAUGUGCAGGAUCCAUGGUUCAAAUCCCUGCUGUAAACUCCAUCGUCUUCUACUUCCCACAAGGCCAUGCCGAGCACGCUCAGGCCACCGCCGUCGAUUUCUCAUCCUCGCCGCGAAUUCCUUCCUCCGUUCUAUGCCGGGUGGCCGCCGUCAAAUUCCUCGCCGACACCGAGACAGACGAGGUUUACGCCAAGAUCAGACUGAUCCCACUACCGAACAGCGAGGUUGAUUUCGACGACAACGUGGUUUUCGGGUCGGAUAAUCCGGAGAAACCGGCUUCUUUCGCCAAGACCCUAACUCAAUCCGACGCCAAUAAUGGCGGGGGAUUCUCCGUUCCCCGGUACUGCGCGGAAACAAUAUUCCCCCGGCUGGAUUACACGGCGGAUCCUCCGGUUCAGACGGUGAUCGCAAAGGACAUUCAUGGAGAAACAUGGAAGUUUAGACACAUCUACAGAGGGACUCCGAGGAGGCAUCUGUUGACCACCGGGUGGAGCACUUUCGUUAACCAGAAGAAACUCGUCGCCGGCGACUCCAUCGUGUUUUUACGAGCGGAAAACGGUGAUCUCUGCGUGGGAAUCCGGAGAGCCAAACGUGGGGUUGGUAGUGGACCGGAGAUGAUUUCCCCGUCUUCUUCUUCCUCUGGCUGGAGCACCGGUCAGGGAAACUGUACCCCAUUUGGUGGGUUUUCGGCGUUUUUGAGAGGAAAUGAAGAGAGCAAGAUGUUAAGAAAUGGAAAUGGAAGCUUUAGAGGGAAACUGAGGCCGGAAUCGGUAGUGGAAGCGGUUGCUCUGGCGGCUGCAGGGCAGCCAUUUGAGGUAGUUUAUUAUCCGAGAGCAAGCACGCCGGAGUUUUUUGUGAAAGCAUCGGCUGUUAAAGCCGCCAUGAGAAUCCAUUGGUGCUCUGGUAUGAGGUUCAAGAUGGCUUUUGAGACUGAGGAUUCUUCCAGGAUCAGCUGGUUCAUGGGGACUGUUUCCUUUGUUCAGGUUGCUGACCCUAUCCGCUUUCCCAACUCGCCAUGGCGCCUUCUCCAGGUGGCAUGGGAUGAGCCGGAUUUACUACAGAAUGUGAAGCGUGUGAGUCCAUGGCUGGUGGAAUUGGUAUCAAACAUGCCCACCAUCCAUCUCUCACCAUUCUCACCUCCGCGGAAAAAGUUGCGUCUCCCGCAACCUUUGGAAUUCCCCCAUGAUGGGCAACGGUUAGAUUGCAUUGCCGUUUAUUUACAGGCAACCCCCCUUGGGCCUGGCAGCCCGUUGUGUUAUCUAUCCGAUAACACUCCUGCAGGCAUACAGGGAGCCAGGCAAGCUCAAUUUGGAAUAUCUUUAUCAGAUCUCCAUCUUAAUAACAAGCUACAAUCAGGGCUGUUUCUUUCUAGCUUCCAGCGGUUAGAUCAACACUCUAGAACUUAUGAUAGUGUCAGAACAACAGGGCACACGGAAGGCAACAAUGAGAAUUUGUCUUGCUUGUUAACGAUAGGUAAUUCUAGUUGUAAUUCGGAGAAAUCUGAUAAGACGAAGAGACACCAGUUCGUACUCUUUGGUCAGCCAAUACUCACAGAGCAGCAGGUUUCUAUUGAUACAACAGUCACUUCGAGAAGUUUAUUAGAAGAGAGCAAGGAAAAAAUUAAAGAGCUUUCUUUGCAAUCUACUUCUAGGGAUCGAGUUUCCCCCGAAAGGUUUGCACCCGCUGGAUUCUCAUGGCACCAGAGCUUUCAAACCACCGAAUCUGGCCUUGAUACCGGUCACUGCAAAGUGUUCAUGGAGACCGAGGAUGUUGGCCGGACUCUUGACCUCUCUGUUCUUAAUUCUUAUGAAGAACUAUACGGAAGAUUGGCCAACAUGUUUGGCAUAGAAAGAUCCGAGAUAUUAACCCACGUGCUCUACCGGGAUGCAACUGGUGCUCUUAAACAAACCGGAGAUGAACCAUUCAGUGAUUUUAUGAAAACAGCCAAACGACUGACUAUUAAAAUGGGUUCGGGCAGUGAAACUAUGGGGCAUGGAUCACAGGGAUUCGGAAUGCUGAAAGUGCACUAGAUUCGCCCAAUAAGACGGGUCCAUUGAGAAUAUUGGUUUGAUAUCUAGUGGCAGCCAACAGCAGAAACCAGAGAAUUGAGAAUUAUCAAAGAGUUUUUCUGUUGUUUGGUUGAUAUAACUUGGAAGAUGUAUAAUGGACAGAACUCCUACCUUUUUCUGUUGGUGUUGAUUUCUACUAGUAUUUGUUUUGAGUCUUAAAAAACCUUGUGUGUAUUUGCAAGUGCAAAUGUACCUUUUUAAACACAUAGUUAAUCUGCUUUUCCACCUGUCUUUCAAUAUCUUCCUUCCCGAUUCUUACAUCGGUCCGGAUGUGAUUCUAUCCGAACUUUUGUGGGUUUUACUUGUCUUGCUCAGCAAUUGUAAGAAAUUUCUCGCCUUGUCGGGGAAAAAUGGCGUAGGCAUGAGCUUAUAUUC